AUGUCGAAAUCUACAGAGCAAACACCUCUCCUGAAAGAUGAUAAAAGUAAAGAGUAUAAGUUUACUCUUCUGGAGAAGUAUACAUCAUGUCGAUGGCAGGUUGGAAUUAUCGCUGCCCUGGCCAUGUCCUGUUCCAUACUACUCCGACUUAACAUGUCCAUGGUGGUUGUCUGCAUGAAACCUGGAAACCUUACUAUCACAGUGGAACAAAAUGGGACGAACGUCACCUACCGCGAUCCGUAUCUGGACAACUACGUAUAUUGGGAUAGCACUAUGGAGGGACUUCUCAUCUCGGGGUAUUACAUGGGCCAAGUAUUUACAUCUCUUAUUUUCGGAAACUUAACUGGAAGGAUCAGUGGGAAGAAGUUGAUUUUGUUCCUAACAUUUAUCAUGAUCGUUACAUCGUUUGUGACGCCGGCUUUAACAUUUGUCAGUCCUUGGGUGGUUCUAGCUACACGUGUGGUGAUCGGCAUAGCGACGGGGGGAUUGGAGCCAUGUGGUACCCAGCUCUUGUCAAAUUGGGCACCUCUUCCCGAACGUGCUCAGAUGAUGUCCAUUACAGAACAAGCUAACAGUAUUGGUGGGAUAGGAAACUUCCUCCUGUCAGGGUUUAUCUGCAACAUACCUGUUCUGGGUGGUUGGCCUUUCGUGUAUUACAUUUAUGGUGGGGUGAAUGUGGUAGCCAUGACUCUAUGGGUAUUUUUGGUUUAUGACAAACCUAAUCUUCAUCCCUGGAUCAAGCCGUCAGAAUCAGAAUAUAUCAACAGCCAUAGAACAAAAUCACAUGGAAAGCCUCUGAAGGUACCUUGGUUAAAGAUGCUGACAUCAGGACCAGUCUGGGCAUGCGUAAUUGGUUAUGUGACAUCCGGAAUUAUGUUUAUGGUCAUGGCGGUGUGUCUUCCGCUAUAUAUAGAACAAGUCUUAAAAUUUGAUGUUGCAACGAAUGGUUUGGUAUCGGCAUUGGCAUUCGUGGGCCGAUUUCUUGGAGCACUUGUCUUUGGACGUCUUUCCGACUUGUUUUUUACCAAAAGAUGGUUGUCAUUGACUGCAAUAAGAAAAACAUGUCAUGUUUGUGGCUUGAUGGGUUCUGUCCCCAUCAUCAUUUGGAUCAGUUUCCUUGGAGAAAAUGACCGAGUACUCGCUGUCAUACUUAUGACUCUUUACUGGUUCACACUCACCUGUAUGAACUCUGGUUUUAGGGUCAAUCCAGCCGAUAUAGCUCCGAGGUUUGCUGGUGUCAUUAAUGGAAUGUGUAUUUUUCUAAACAGUGUAUUUUCACUGUUUGUACCUCUGCUGGUUGCAGCUGCUACUCCAAAUGGUACAUCUGAUGAAUGGCAAAUCGUGUUUUACGGAUGUGUGGGCGUGUCUGUGGUGGGUGCUGUGCUGUUCUUCGUACUGGCCAGUGCAGAGGAACAAGAGUGGGCAAAAGAUCCCGAACAGAAUAGAGAUGUGAUGAUUAAAGUGACUGGUAAUAACAACAAUGCCAUCGAUUUCGACUCGCGUUUGUCUGUAGAAAUCAAUGAGAACAAAAGAUAUAAUUAA